CAACAACAAAAUUCAACAACAUCCGGUCGGAUAUUGUUGAAUAUACCAUGUAAAGUUUGUCAUGAUUAUUCAUCCGGUAAACAUUAUGGUAUAUUCGCUUGUGAUGGUUGUGCCGGUUUUUUCAAACGAUCAAUACGUCGUAAUCGACAAUACAUAUGUAAAGCACGUGGUUCAUCCGCAAAUCGAUGUCUGGUGGAUAAAACACAUCGUAAUCAAUGUCGUGCAUGUCGAUUGAAAAAAUGUCUACGUGAAGGUAUGAAUAAAGAUGCUGUACAAGAAGAACGUGGUCCAAGAAAUUCAACAUUACGACGACAAGUUGCAUUGAAUAUGUGUGCACAGUCAUCAAGUUAUGCUGCUGCGGCAGCAUUAGCUGCUGCUGCUUAUGCUGGCCACCAUCAUUCACAUUCACAUUCACAUCCACAUCAUCAUAAUCAUCCACUUUCAUCACAUACAACAACAUUUCCAUAUUCACAAUCAUCGUCAUCAUCAUCAACAUCGACUGCUGCUACCGUUCCUGUUGCGCAAACAUUUCCGUUUCCAUCAACAAUUUCAUCAACACCAUCAACUGGAUCUGCAUUUGGACCACCGCUACCACCACUACCACCGCCACCAACAUCAUCUUCUGCUCAAAAUUUUCCACUAAUUCCUUAUGGUCAUCAUCCAUCAACAUUAAUAAAUCAACAUCCAAUGGCAAAAACAACAAUAUCCGGCACAUUUGAUCCAUACAUACGAUUCAGAGCCACAUCGAUGAAUAAUCAAAAUUUGACUACAAAUCAUCAUAAUAAUAAUCAUGAUAAUGAUGAUUGUCAAUCACAAAAUUCAAAAAAUAAAUUGAAUCAGAAAAUUAUUCCAAGAUCUGAUCAAGAUGAUGAUGAUGAUGAUGAUGGAAAUCAUGGCGAUUUAGAUGAAAAUGAAAGCUUGAAACAACAAAAAAAUCAACGUAGUAGAAAAUCAAUGAAAAAUUCAAAUAAUGUAAAUAAACAUGAGACAAACAAUAUUAUUUUGGAUCAUCAUCAUGGAUCAUUAUCAUCAUCGUCAUCAUCGUCAUCGUCAUCAUGUUUAUCAUCAAGAUCAUCGUCAUUAUCACCAUCAUCGAAAAAUACAGAAAUCGAUACAGUCACCAAUAAUAAUAACAACAACAUAUCACAAAUUAUUAUCAUCGUAUUCUUUUCGAUACAUUAG